AUGGAGAUUAAGGCUGACAAAAGAGAUUUGAGUCCUGAAUUGGUGGAAGAUGUUCCGUCGAGGCUCGCUUGGAAGGAUUUAAGUGUGAUUAUUAGUUGUAGAAAUGGAGAAUUGCAGAAUGUUUUGGAGGGAGCGAGUGGAUAUGCUGAGGAAGGAACGUCUACUUGUGUAAUGGGUCCCUCUGGAUCGGGCAAAUCUACACUGUUAGACGCCCUCUUCGGCCGCCUUCCUGCGAACGCAUUCCUUUCUGGGACCAUUUUCCUCAAUGGCCGUAAAGCCAAGCUCUCUUUUGGGACUGCUGCAUAUGUCACACAAGAUGACAACUUGAUUGGUACUCUAACAGUUCGUGAGACGAUGUCAUAUUCAGCUGGAUUACGGCUUCCUGAUGAAAAGCCCAUAUCGGAGAUAUAUGCAUUGCCGAACACCGUCAUUGGGAAUUGGCACUUGCGUGGCAUCAGUGGUGGGGAAAAGAAGAGGCUCAGCAUUGCACUUGAGAUCCUUAUGAGGCCGAAGUUGCUUUUUCUUGAUGAGCCAACCACUGGACUUGACAGUGCUUCUGCUUUCUUUGUAACUCAGACACUACGUGCCCUGUCUAGAGGUGGGCGGACUGUCAUAGCCUCAAUUCACCAGCCUAGCAGUGAAGUUUUUGAGCUAUUCGACCGAUUGUACUUACUUUCUGGAGGCAAAACGUUCUUUGCGCAAGCUGGCUUUCCUUGUCCUGCUCUCAGAAACCCAUCUGAUCAUUUUCUCCGAUGUGUAAAUUCUGAUUUUGACAAAGUUAAAGCAUCUUUGAAAGGAUCAAUGAAACUGCAGAUUGAGAGAAAUGAUGACCCUCUAGACAAAGUAACUACAGCUGAGGCUAUCCACACACUUGUUGACUCUUAUCAUACGUCUCAUUAUUAUUUUUCAGCAAAAGAAAAGAUCGAUGAGAUGUCCACAAUUAAAGGAAUGGUGCUCGAUUCAAGAGGGAGUCAUGCUAGUUUCUUCAUGCAGGCCUUCAUCUUAACCAAACGUUCUUUUGUUAAUAUGUCUAGGGACUUUGGUUAUUACUGGUUGAGGCUUGGAAUCUACAUUAUGGUGACCCUUUCCAUCGGGACCAUCUAUAUGAACAUAGGAACCGGAUACAAUUCCAUCCUGGUAAUAUUAUUAUUUCAUGACAGCAUCUAA